GAACGUGAAGACCGUUAUUGCACAAAUGCAUCGACGCUUUCUUAAUUCCUCUUUCACUCCUCCUCCUCCUUCUGCCCCAAAGCCAGCCGAACCCGACUAGGGAGGGAGUGGAUGAGUGUAUGCUCGAGAAUUCAUCAACACCUUUGUCUUCACCUCCACUUUCUAUUUCAACCACCGAGGUGCACCUUUCGGGAUCCCGGUCAAGAGCGCGAAGCUGUCAAGUUCGUCCGUUUGUCUUCUUUUCGCGACAUAUUCUUUUCAUCAAAGACGACAGAAAGCAUGCGGCCGAGAACAAAAAUCUCUGAAGCAUCACUCGGCGUCUUCACCCGAUGACUUCGACUCUCCAUUGCUUUUCGGGUUUGGAUAAGCAGAAGCGUGUUGUUCUGUGCUGUUCCCUCGUCUGCCCUGCAAUGCCAUGCCGAAUCUGACCUAACCUUCCUUGCUUUCUUCAUCGAUCCCCACCACCAUCGUCAUGGAAUGUUAGAAAAGGAGAGUCUAGCAUGCGAACUCGAGCAGGAUCCAGAGAAAAAGUUGAUUUGCCCUUUCAUGAUGGAGGCGAAAAGUAGAUAAUGAUUGAGCUAGGUAGCCACUCUACCUUGUUGCUCCAGACAAUGAGCUCCGAGGUCCAAACUUGAAAUGAAAUUUCCAAAUUCUGGGAAGUAGUGCAAGGACGAUCACCAACUUCCACUAUGCUGCAAUCACAUGGGCGGCGGACCUUGUUACACGCAAUUUGGUUUAAGCGGUGAGCUGCAAAACCCAGCACAUGCAUCUCCUAGCGCUGUCAUUGUGUACCAUCCACGCACACAAGUGAGUUAACUUCAGCAUCCUAGUGCUAAGACAAGUCCAGGCUUUUCAAACUUCAACCUAGUGGAUUGUAAGAAUUCUUAUACCGAUUAGGCGUUCUGGUUGACAUUUGCUUGCUCUGCUAUGGACUACUCAAAUCAUCUGUUGGAGCAUUGCCACACUUGUUUAUAUUUUCUUUUAACAUUAACGGUCUGAAUAUCAAUCUGAUAUAUGAUGUUCCAGUCGAACAGUCUGUAAUUUUAGAAUUUAACGUAAAAAACAGUAACCUUUAGCUCCGUUAGAUUGGUUGGAUAAUCAUAUGAUAGAUUGAGUUUUGAAGAUAAAAUCAGCGACAUAAUCAAAUACUUCUUAUAUGUAUACAUUUUAAAUUUAUAGAAAUUUGUGUUUAUCCACUGAACCUCUACAUAAAUGAUUGGUUUAUCUUAUCUCAUCAUCCACCUUCGGGUUUAAUCUGUACGGUGAAGCUCUCACUAUUCUGAUUUAGUUCGCAAAAUUGGAGGGUCUCAACGCCUGCCUCUCUCUCUCACCAUUUUCCAUCUUCCACACUUCCAAGAACUUUUUUUCAACCAGAGUGCCAGUCCACGCAUGGUUGUCUUGAAGGAAGAAUCCAUCGUACAAUGGAAAUAUAUUGGCUCCAUCACGCCAACCCUUCCCGUCCUGCCCGGUCCCAUAAAACAGUUAGAUACAUUAGUCUCUAUUUAAGCUAUCCGUUUCAAAUGACAAUCAUCUGCCUAAUAUGUUUUCAAACAAUCACUUUUCUCAAUUCUCUAGAUCACAAUUUAAUCACAAACUUUGUGCUAACGAAAUUUUUUCCCACAUCUAUAUAUAUCUCCUCAAGUAGAUAUAUCUUUUACGCUGCUUCUUAACAUUUCUUUCUAGACCUUAACAUUAAUGAUUUACAACACCAGUUAUAGCGAGC